CAAAGCCCGGAGAACUCCGGAGAUCACCCACCGCAAAAAAGAGCUCCCAUGCCAGAGGCUGGAAAAGGAAAGGACAGGUCGUCUGGCCAACGGCAGAUUCCCUCCUUCGAUGUUAUAAAUUGGAAGAGUGGACUGAGUCUUAUCUGAGAGCAAGAAUCACUUUGCCAGCCAGUGUAUCAAGAAGGAAAAAGACAAUUCCAUCGCUGCUUCCAUCCUAAGCAGGGAAUAAGUUAAUCCUUUUCCGGAGAAUGGAGACAACACGACUAUUUUCAUGGAUUCUGAUUCUCUUUUCUACCACGUGCCAUCUGAGUCGAGGGAAUGCUUGGAACAGUGGGGAUGACGUCAUCAUACUGAGCAUGAUGGAGAACUCUGCCGCUUAUGUCUACAGCCAGAGCGACGAGUCCGACAUGUUGGCCAUCGAAUAUCUCGCAACGGAGCGCAGAUUUAAUAAAACGCUUGACUACGCAUGGAAGAAGGCAGUUAAUAAACGAAAAAAUGACCCGCGGCUGAGCAAAGUCCCAGUGCCCCCGGGGCUCAAAGAAGAACACGUGUUGGCCAUAAUUGCCUAUACGCUUGAGACUGAAUUGUAUAGACAGUUAAACGCGGCACUGAGGUUGUUCGGGGCCAACGACUGGGUGUACGCGCAGAAAUUUCCCUUCAAAAGUUUCCAGUACCUUCUAUCCGUUGCCCUCGAGAGACUGAGAGAGGACUUGGGCAAACCACCCCAGCCGACAUACAGAAGAAUGACAAUAAGGUCCAUUGGUAAGGUGGGAGAUAGAAUAAAAUUUGGCAGUUUUGUUUCGUCCUCUCGCAGCAAAGAGCACGAUGAAUUUGGCAAGGAAACAAUAUUUACAAUUUCCUCUCAGUACGGUGCCCAGAUACAAAAUUACUCGGCUAUCCCCAAUGAGGAAGAGGUUCUGAUUCCGCCAUAUGAAGCGUUUAUAAUCACGAGUUGCGAACAGCGUCCCGACGGUGUUAAUAUUUCUGUUCAAACGGACGGGAAGGCUGGGAUCCCGGUAAGGGUGGAGAGGGGCAGUAAGGACAAGAUGAUUGUGCUGCGGUGUGAGGGGACCGCCAUUUCCCCAAUAGCGUGGUUCUCCAUCCUGUCGCUGUUGGUUCACAUUUCGCUGUAA